GUCGUUGGUCGUUAUUUCUUUCGAUAGGUAUUUUUAAUAUUAGUCAUCGAAAGAACCAUUUGUUGGUCGAUUUUAUAAUUUAGUUAAUUUUAAUAACAGUUCCAAAGCUUAUUGUGACUUGAACGUGUACUUAACACAGCUUUAAAAGUAUUUCCUUAACGUAAAAUAACAGCAUCAAGAUGUCGUCCCGCAAGACAGCUGGUCGCCGCGGCACCAACAAGAAGCGUGCACAGCGAGCAACAUCUAAUGUAUUUGCUAUGUUCGACCAGGCUCAGAUAGCUGAGUUCAAAGAGGCUUUUAACAUGAUUGACCAGAACAGAGAUGGAUUCGUGGACAAAGAUGAUUUACAUGACAUGCUUGCAUCAUUAGGCAAGAACCCAACUGAAGAUUAUUUAGAAGGAAUGAUGAAUGAAGCACCAGGUCCCAUUAACUUUACAAUGUUUUUGACGCUAUUCGGAGAACGUCUGCAAGGUACCGACCCAGAAGAUGUCAUUAAGAAUGCUUUUGGAUGUUUCGACGAAGAGAACACAGGUGUAAUAGCAGAGGAGCGUCUCCGUGAGUUGUUGACAACCAUGGGUGACCGUUUCACAGAUGACGACGUAGAUGAAAUGCUCAGAGAAGCGCCCAUUCGAGACGGACUCUUUGACUACGUCGAGUUUACGCGCAUCUUGAAACAUGGCGCUAAAGACAAGGAUGAGCAAUAAAUAUAUUUUUAAUUGACAGAUUGAAGAUCUUUAAGACUUAUCGUUUUCUUUUAGAACAUCAAUGGUUUUAUAUUAUUUAAAUUCGAUCUGUCAAAUUAAUGCAUAAUCAUUUUUAAAUUAUGUAAUCAUAUACAUUAUAUUAUGCCAAACUAAUUCAUUUUAUAUAAGAUCUACUAAAAUUCUUAGGUAUAAGUUUGAAUUUAUGGAUUUCGUCAAUCUCGACACCGCGGUGCUAAGAAUAGAGAUAUUAGAGAUUUGUUGCAUUUUUUGAUUGAUUUUAAUCAUGCAUUUGUUACAACAUUUCCAUUACGAUUAGGUUGAUUGAGUGUUAUUGUCUAUUUUUUUAACAUCCAUUUAUGUCAUCAGGAAAAUACCUUUGCCUUGACAUACAUAGUUUAAUAAUAUAUUUUUUAUUAAGAUAACACAACAUUGGAUAAUGGUUUUUAAUUAAAAAAAAAAUCCUAUGAAAGCUUAGAUUAAGAAAAUGAUUGAAGAAAAAAAAAUUAAGGCAUGAAAUAUAAAAAAUAAAUUAAGUUUAUGAUAUGUGAACAGUGUGUAAAUGCGUGAUUUAUAGAUAACCAAUAAGUCAUUCCACAUCUAUUACAACAUUUAGAAAAAUGUAAAUUCAUUGCAUAGAAUGAAAUUAAUUAUAAAAUAAAGUUCCAAUUCAAUUUGAUAUGAAGUAUUAGUAUUCCUAUACUAACUAUAAAUACUAAUAACAACUAACAAAUCUUGUAUGCGUCUUUAUUGUAAAUUCACAUGACCUAUGUAUUUAUUUUGCGUUUUUCCUAUAAAAUCUUUUAAAUAA